UUUACAUCACAUCCGGCUAUCGCCAAAUGGAGGGAAGUCAACACUGGUGACUCGUUGGCAACACAGCUAUGGCUCGGCCUCUGUUUGGUGGCGCAUUUUCAGUAGUUAUUCCACCCAAUGCCCAGGAUAUCAGUGAGCUGAGGCAGAUCCCUGAUAACCAAGAAGUGUUUGCUAAUUCUCAGACAGAUCAAAGCAUCGUCAUUGAGCUGCUGGAGUACCAGAGCCAAGUGCAGGACGCUGAGGCAGCCAGGUAUCAUUUUGAUGAUGUGGCUGCCACUAACGGGGCGGUAGAGUCGGGAUCCUGCGAGAUCAGAGGGGUGGAGCAGCUCUCCCAAUCACAGCUGUCAUUACAGGAAUGCAGUUCUGCAUGGCUGCUAUCUGGUGCUCAGCUGGUCUCUAAAUUUAAUGAGCAGGCAAAAAACACUGUCAAUAUUCACAUGUGCCUGUUCCGCCUGCCACAGUUCACCACUGAUAUCUUGGUGACAUUCAACGAUCCUGUUUGUAUCAACCCUCUAAGCAGCAGUGCAGCUGGAAAUGUGGCCGCUGUUCCAUGGACACUACAAGACUUUCAGAGCGUUCUUCAGUCCUUUCGGCUGCUCAACCAUGGAGUGUUUGGAUAGAUUCUCGAUUCGUACACUGAGAGAACUGAAAGACGAUGUUGAAUAUCCUGUUUAAGCUUUAAACUAGCAUGACUAUACAGGUUAAAAGGCUAGACUUAACUACUGGAAAGCAACAAACGUUUGUCCAUCAAAUAUUUUUCUUGUAGUGUAGAUGAGGUGUUUGUAAAAAAUAAAGUUUUAUAAUAAGACAAACUUGCUGAUUAAUUCAGAAGCAUUUAUCCCGAAGUUUUUGUAAGCACGUGCAAGAUGCAGUCAUCAUUUCCUUCUGUAUUCAUUUAAACAUUAUCACUUCAAUCACCAAUGUUAACAAAUGUUUAACUGGAAAUUCUCUGUGUUGAAAGUCAGGAUUUUCCUUAACUUCAAAAUAUAAGAUGCCAUUCUGUUUAUCUUCAGCAUUGAAAGUACUUUUAAACAUUUUGUGUCUAGCUUCAGAUGUCUAGCAUCAUUUGUUUUUAAUGACAUACAUUUUGUGUAUUAGGUGCACAAAUAAUAUGAAAAAAAAACAAUUAAGUUAACUAUCAAAUAUAGUUCAUUAAGGAUUAUAAAGAGAAAGUCAGAUUUGUACUAAAAGAACACAUGGUGUUUGUCAUAGACAGGGCAAAUAAAAGAGUCAUUCUUUUUCAAAUUAAUUUAUUCUUAAAUUGUAUAUUGUCAUAUCACAGACCAAAA